AUGCCAGGCCAUGCCCCCCAAUCACAUCAUGCCAGGCCAUGCCCCCCAAUCACAUCAUGCCAGGCCAUGCCCCCCAAUCACAUCAUGCCAGGCCAUGCCCCCCAAUCACAUCAUGCCAGGCCAUGCCCCCCAAUCACAUCAUGCCAGGCCAUGCCCCCCAAAUCACAUCAUGCCAGGCCAUGCCCCCCAAAUCACAUCAUGCCAGGCCAUGCCCCCCCAAUCACAUCAUGCCAGGCCAUGCCCCCCCAAUCACAUCAUGCCGGGCCAUGCCCCCCAAAUCGCACCAUGCCAGGCCAUGCCCCCAAAUCGUAUUGA